AUGAUGCGAGAGGUGAUGCAAAAGUUCUCAGACGGAAGAUCUGCCUACGCUACUGAUUACAUGGAUUUGGUUUCAAGGACCACCGAGAGAUCGACUUUCGCAAAGUGGAUACAGAAGGAGCCCAAACCGCGGGACUUCGCAAUUCCCCCACUGCCCGCAUUCAACAGAAAAGGAGAUCCGCUCAAUCAACUAUUCCAAUUCCAGCAAAAGAUGGACUUGGAAGCCAACAAUGAAGCCAUACAAUGCAAAGUUUUCUCCACAACUUUUUUUGGACCAGCCUUGCUAUGGUUCAGGCAGUUGAAACCUGGCUCUGUCAAUGGCUUCGGUGAUCUUCGCAGAGCCUUUCUCCAACAGUAUAAUGCUAACCGCGAAGCACCAAGAAUGAUGGUAGAUCUCUACCAAAUUGAGCAAGGUGAAAAUAAACACCCAAAGUCGAACCUGCAACGUUUCAUCGACCUCGUACAUCAGAUCCACGAUGUAGAGCCAGCAACCGCAGCUAAUCACUUCGUCAAAAGGCUACAAGUGGGGUCCCUCUUGCACGAAAACCUCACCAUGACACUACCGUAUGACAUGGCCGAAAUCUUGAACCGCGCUGAGGGCGUCUUCAGGGUCCUGGAAUUUCGAGAACGUGCGCAGAAGAAGUCCGCCCUUAUUUCAAUGCCACCAGCAAAUAACCCUCCUCCUCCAUCUACAAGGGACGAAAAAAGAAAAAGACAAGAGACAGAUCACACGAAAGGAGGAAAAAUACCAAAGGCAAAUCGAGAUCCACCGUGA